AGAGCACGGAGAAACACACACGGAGUGUGUGGACAUUAGCCGGGUGUUUCCUGCCCGGGAGCUCGGUGUGUGCGAGUGUGUGAGAGUUCUGGGAGUUCUGAGUGUGGGGUGAUGGUGAGGAUGAUGAAGGCUCUGGACUGGUUCACUCUCUCCUGCUGUCUGCUCGGUCUGGGAGGAAUCGCGGAUGCCUCAAAUGCAGAGAAUCAGCUAAUGAAGACACUUUUCUCCAGUUACAAUGUCAAAGUGCGGCCGGCGGAAACGCCGCAGAGCAAAGUGGUGGUGAGAAUUGGCAUGACCCUGGCAUCCUUCGUCAGCUUGAACAUGAAAGAUGAAGAGAUGAACACCGUCGUAAUCAUGAACAUGGAGUGGAAGGAUCACCGGUUGUCCUGGGAUCCAAAACAACAUGAAGGAAUUGAAGUGCUAAGAAUUCCUGCUGGAAAAGUGUGGCUUCCAGACAUUGUUCUUAUCAACAAUAAUGAUGGUGUGUUCCACGUGGCUCUACACGUUCAUGUCCAGGCGUAUAGUAAUGGCAGAGUGACAUGGACUCCUCCUGCCCUCUACCGCAGUUCCUGUGGAGUUAAGGUGACAUAUUUUCCCUUCGACUGGCAGAACUGCACCAUGGUGUUCCGCUCAUAUACUUAUGACUCCUCUGAGGUGGAUCUUCAGUAUGCUCUGGAUGACAAAAGCAAUGAGAUACGGGAGAUCAUCUAUGACACAGGCUUCAGUGAGAGCGGUGAGUGGCAUAUCCGUCACAAGCCAUCCAGAAAGAAUGUGAAGAAAGAGGACCUGUAUGAAGACAUUACCUUCUACCUCAUCAUCGAACGCAAGCCAAUGUACUAUGUCUUCAACAUCAUCCUGCCUUGCAUCCUCAUUACCAUCAUUGCCAUCUUUAACUUCUAUCUGCCACCUGAUGCUGGAGAGAAAAUGGGCCUGUCCAUCAACGUGCUGCUGACCCUGACUGUCUUUCUGCUGCUAUUGGCUGACAAAGUCCCAGAAACAUCUCUGGGUGUGCCCAUCAUCGUCAACUACCUUAUGUUCACCAUGAUCCUGGUGACCUGCUCAGUCAUCCUCAGUGUGGUGGUGUUAAACCUGCACCACCGCUCGCCCAACACACACCACAUGCCUGUGUGGGUGCGCAAGAUUUUCAUCCACAUGCUGCCUCCGUAUCUGGGGCUCCUGAGGCCCAAAGUGGAGACACCGCUGUCUCUGGAAAGACCACCCAAGAAGGAGAACCCAAAAGCCAUCAGUCGAGCAGCAGAUGAAUAUUUCAUUAGGAAGCCUAACACCUGUGUGCUCUUUCCCAAACCCAACAGGUACCAGCCAGAUGGCCUGUGCACUGACCUGCGGAAGUUUAUUGAUGGCCCCAGUCACUACCUGACUCUGCCCCCAGAGCUGAAGUCUGCUGUGGAGGCUAUCUGCUACAUCGCCGAGCAGCUACAGGCUGAGAAGGACUAUGAAGCUCUGAAAGAAGACUGGCAGUAUGUUGCCAUGGUGGUCGAUCGCCUCUUCCUCUGGAUCUUCGUCAUCUUCACCACUGUUGGUACGCUGGCUAUUUUUGCUGAUGCCAGUUUCAAUGCCACUCCCACGGACCCUUUCAUGAGUCUUUGAUGCCAGAGGUCAUCGCUGUGACCAUUGUGUUUUGAACUCCAUUGUACCUGCACUGCACAGUGCUGACUAUUGAAUUUCAUAUAUUCACCUUCAUGCUCUUGUGUUGUUUACUGUAGAUACUGUGUUGGUGUGGAACAUUUCUGUACUGUGAAAUUUGCAUAUAACAUAGCAAUUUGUAUUUUUAUUUUUUUUUGUUGAAAGUUUAGUGUUUUAAUAAAGGUCGUAUGUAUGAAAUGUAGCACAGUAUUUGCCCUCUAGAAUGCCUAUUCAAGUGAGCAACUGUAUGUAAUGCCUUUACAUUAAACUUUACUCACCUCUGUUAGCAGGUUAUUCUCAUAUACAAGCCUGUCAAGCCUAAUCUAGCAACUGCAUCAACAAGAGGAGGAAUUCUCAGUAAAAAUGCAUACACAUGCACUCACACCAUGUGAGAAACACCU